CCGUUAAAGGAUCUGGUAUUUAAGUAUGGUAUUGGUAUCUAAGGGAUACCAAUAAAUUUAGUAAUGGCGGUAGAAGAUGGUGAUCCCCAAUUCCACAUAGUGAUCGUGUCGUUCGUCGUGGUCAUUUUCAUAGCAUAUUUCGUUUUUGUUGUCACUGUAGCUAACUGAACUGAUUGAGAAUUUAUUAAAAAGAUACAAAUAAAUGCACAAGGUAAUGCACAAGAUUAAAAAUGUCAGAAAUAGAUAAGCCGCUGGAACAAAAGCCUUUCACAACUAAUACAACAAAAUUCAAAGAAGACAAAAAAAAAAAAAGGAACCGAAUAAUCCAGUUAUCUAUGCCGAAAAUGUCAAAAGCUGUUUGGCCCACCAUAGAACCACGGUUAGUAUGGGGUAACCAAGACCCAAUGAGACCAAUUAGUAAAAGUGCAAUGAACGCUAAGGCAUCUGAACGUCUGGAAAACUUGGCAACUCCCAAAAAAAAUUUCCAAUCGGAUGCUCCAUUGAAAUGUAGUAGGGAAUAUUUUAUGUAUUCAUGUGGGCGACCAUCCGUGAUUCUUGACGUCAGUCCAUUAGCUAUGAAGGCUGCAGCAAGUGAAAGAAUAGAAGAAUUAGCUAAACCCAAACGUCAUAUAACUGGAUAUACUGAUAAUAGACCUGGUUAUGUUCUCGGCUGUGGUCGAUCUUCACCUCUUUGGGAAGUGAGCGAUGCUGCUAAAACACUUAAGGAACGAGUACGAACCACUCAGCUUGCUCAACCGAAAACAACGCAUAGAGAUUACCAACCACCACGGAAGGUUGAAUGGAUAGUGUCCAGUGCGGCUAAAAACGCAACUACCCCUACUCGUAUUAAAAUGCUAUCAAACCCCAAAGAAAGAAAAGAAGGACCGUUUCGUUAUCCUCAAUGGGUUGUAGGAAAAGGAGCCAGAAAUGCUCAAGCAAGUAACCGACUUCAGGAUUUAGCAAAAGCCAAAAAAAUAACGGACGGAUAUCGUCCUAAUCGUGAUGUCGAAUGGAAAGUGCCACGUUCUGCGAUUAAAGCUUGUGUCACAGUAAGAUUAACAUCACUAGCUGCGCCUAUUGUUCGUGACACAAUGGAUCACGUCCAAUUUGAUCCGCUCGCAUUUGAAGUAAAAGAGAGUGCACUGAAAGGAAAAGUACCCGAUAGAAUUAACGAUUUGGCCCAACCUGUUAUAAGAGGUCCGAAAUUUUCGAAGUAAUAUAACUCUAUAUUUUAUUUAUAUUUGAAAGAAAUUUUUCAUAACAAGA